AUGGCCCAUAUCAACCAUGCCUACCUUGACACUUCAGGAGGUUUCAAUGGUGCUGACGAGUCACAGAGCAGACGUUUGAACUCUUUGUCUCCAACGUUUUUCAUAAGUCCCAAAACAACUGGUUUAGCCAGUCUAUUCAUACAAGUCGUUUUGAUAAUUGUCAGUGCGACCACCAGCAUGUUCUUCUUCUAUCAUGUCGGAGGUUAUGAGUACACACAGUGGAAUGAAAAUUCUACAAUUCUGGAACCAAUUAAUCACAACAACAGAAAUCCUUUGAAAGAAUUCUUGGUUUCGACUAUCACACCAAACGUGAGCGAUUCACUGGUUUCAACUGUCAACCGCUCACUAGACUUCUCGGUGGCUCAUUUUUUAUACAAUGAUAGUGACGUGGAAACUUACAAACUCAUCCUGGAAACUGACAACGGACAAAGUAUGGAAAUUGAAAAUGCAUCUUUUGGAAUUGAACAAGUUCCGAUGACAAAUUUUAACAUUGGAGACACUGAUAUUGACUGGUUGGAAGUGAUUCGGAUAUCAACGCUUGUUUACGUUGUAAUCUGCGCUUUUUGGGUGAUAUCGGGAUUGUUGUUUAUUUGUACGAUCAAAUGCGAAAUUUUGGAUACAGUCAUUUUCAACACCACUGUACUCAUCUUAGUUGUCCUGUUUCAGUUUGUUCAUUCCGGUUUGAUAGCGGCAUUGAUAUUUUUACAGAGAGAAAUGAGCUGGCGAACGCUUUUAAUCACUAUUAUGUCUAUUAUUAUCAUUUUCUGUAGUGCAAUUCUUGGAUCAGCAUGCAUCAAGUUGAACUUUGGAUGGAUCAAGUACAUUGAUCACAUGCACGGAACUAAGAAGUGUCACAUGUUUUGCUGUGGAAGAUCUAAUGAGCCAAUAGAUAAUGGUCAUGCAGAACCUCGAGAGAUACCAGUUAAUGCUGGACAAUAUGAAAAUGACGUCCCAUUGGAUCGUUUCGAUGCAUUUUAA